AUGAGAGCCUAUAAAGAAUGGUUGUGUGCAACUCAUUUAUCCUUUCAUAAAUUGGGGAAGCGGACACCUCCUUGUGACAGUUUUUGUACGCGAAUAGAACAAAUGUGCCCUUUCUUUCGUCCACGAAACAUUGAUACUCACGUAGGAGAUCCAGGUUUUUUAUGCAAAGAAGAUAAAGAUAUACCUACUGAUCCUGGAUCUGUUUAUGGCAGUGAGCCUUAUUGUUAUAAGUUAUGUCAUUUAAUUAAAGUCAAUGAAGAAUUUGGCACGGACUAUGACACCACAUGUCACACAAUUAAAAAAACACCUAAUAAAACUAGACCUUAUUACCGGUAUAGCACUUCCAGUUCACGUUCCAAGCAUUCUAUUACUCUCGGGGAACUUGUACACUUCUUAGCUUUAGUGUGGACUUUACGGACCAUUUUACAAAUCUCCGAUAUAGGUUUAACAUAG